AUGACUACGGCUCAAAUCGAGCGCAUCAAUAGGUCUUGGUCAGAGCUUUGCCAUUCGGUCAAUCAGGUUCUUCAGGCUGGCAAUGGCGACCCCCACCGAAUUCAGCUGCAACUCAAUGAGGUUGCCUAUUGGGAACAGUAUUGGACAGAGGCCCAAGUCUACUUCUCAGAUGACUAUGUUGUGAUCAUCAAUGCUGGACUUCUCGCGAUGAGGACUUCAUUAACUUCGGAAUUGUUCAUCUCCAAGGAUCCUCCGAAGCAUGCUCCCCUCCUCCAGCCACGAUCCAAGGUAUACACGGGAUGGAGAGGAUGUCCACCUGCUGAUAUAAAUCCUACCAUUUUGGGGCCAUCAUCAGGAAAGCAAUGGCCUCUGAGAGCCCAGAAACGCGCCCUUCCAAACCCUCAUUGA